AUGGGCGCGACGGGCAUUGGUGGCGGGUGGUCACCCGAGACCGAGUCUGGUGAUGGCUACGGCCCGGAGCCCGAGUUCUUCUCGCCGCUGCCGCGGAGGCGGCUGACCCGAUCGAUGCUGUCGAGCGAGACUGGCUCGGACGAGGAAGGCAGGACCGGCGCGGCUGCCCGCGCGGCGGAUAUGCCGAGGGCGCGGGCAAGAUCCGGAAUGAGGCGGGCCGGUCGCAUGUCGGGGCUGGUGGUUCGUGAGCGGCGGCGGACGCUGCGGCGGACCAAUCCGGAGGCCCGGGUCAACAUCCCGCACUACGCGCCUGUGCCGCUCAAGGAAGAGUACGGAUUGCAGGGAAGACUACCAGUUGGGCUCGACUCGCCGCAUCAUCCGCUCUUUGGCUCGCGUAAAGCAGCCGAUGCUGGCUCGCUCGGCGUGACACCUGUUGUGCCGCGGUCGUACGCGCCGCGAAAUCGUGUGGCACUCGAGCGCAAGCAGCGGGCGCGGGCACGGGCGGCGUUUGGCGGGUUCGGGAGCGAGUGCUUUGACGUCGACUCGGUCCAUAGCACCCCGUCCCGCUCUGCUCAGCCAGGCUCAUCGCUGUCGUCCUCUUGUUCGCCCGGCUUUGUCCUCCCUAUCCGCAACAUAGUCGCCGACGGCGCGGACUGCUCCUUUGUCACGGGCCUCCGUCGCUCUAACAGCUAA